AUGUUUGCCUGUCAACGUAUCGCAAUUUCAGCUAUUUCCAGACGUCAAUUUCACACAGUUCCCGCCAUGAUGGCAGAGAGCGAAGGUCUUUUUGGAAAGUUGAAUCCCUGGGCAAAGAAAGAACAACCUCAACAACAAGUUACCCCUGCUCAACACACCUCUGAAGAACCCAAGGUCACCUUUAAUGUUAAAUACGAGGAUGAAGAUGAUAUUGUUUCCUGGAAGAGAACUGACAUCCUGACUGAUGCAGCAGAAUUAGAAUCCACUGUCAAAUCUGUCAUUCUUCAGCAUGUGCAAGGCGCAACCGAGACAAACUGGAAGGAAUUACCUGUCAAUGACAGCAACACCAAAUUUCAAAUUGUCAAGGAGAGUAUCAAACAAACUGGCAAAGAAGUCCCCAACCAUGAAUUGAACAGUUUCGAAACUACAAAGGACAUUCUGGACUACUUCAAGAGUGAAAAGGCAUUGGCAAAGAAGGCCACCAUUGCAGAUUACUUUGAAGAACACAGAGAGUCUUUACCAAGCAACUUGACCUUUGCACCCAGAGAAUAG